AUGGAAAAUCAAACCACUGUGUCUUACUUCUUGCUCCUGGAAUUCUCAAAAAAUCAUCACCUUCAGCUUCUACGUGUCUUCUUAUUCUUCAUAUUAUACCUGGUAACUGCAACAGCAAAUAUUUUCAUCAUCUCUGCAGUAGCUUUGGACCAUCGAUUGCACAGCCCUAUGUACUUCUUCUUAGUGAAUUUGGCAGUGCAGGACCUGGGCAUUGUUACAGUCAUUAUCCCCAAAUCCAUAAUAAAUUCUCUUAUGGAUACCAGACACAUCUCUUACUUUGGUUGCUAUGCCCAAAUCUUGAUCUUUACCUGCUUUGAAGCUUCUGAUUUAUCCCUAUUGACAGUCAUGGCAUAUGACCGGUAUGUUGCCAUUUGCCAUCCCCUGCACUAUGAGAUGGUGAUGAAUUGGAAAGCCUGCAUCAAAAUAGUGAUUCUGGUAUGGGUCACAAGUCUUCUCUAUGCAAUGUUGCAUACCAGUGGCACCUUUUCCACCUCUUUCUGUUCUAAUGUUGUCAACCAAUUUUUCUGUGAAAUUCCACAAUUACUAAUAUUAUCAUGCUCUGGAUUCAAUCUAAUUGAAGUUGGAGUAAUAGUUGCAAGUGCAAUUGCAUCAUUAGGAUGUUUUAUUUUGAUCACUGUAUCUUAUGCCAUGAUCUUUAAGGCAGUGUUGAGAAUCCCUUCUUUGAAAGGAAGACAGAAGACUUUUUCCACUUGUCUUCCCCACCUUAUAGUCCUUUCCAUAUUUUUGGUACCUGUAUGUUUGGCAUAUCUGAGACCUCCCUCUAACACCCCAACUUACUUAGAUUUCAUUCUAACUGCCCUAUAUUCUUUACUUCCACCCCUGUUCAAUCCUAUCAUCUAUAGUAUAAGAAAUAACAAUAUAAAAUCUGCCUUAUCUAAGUUAUGGAAUUCCUGA